AUGCCUUCGAUGCCAAUUAUCACUCCGCCCGCAUACGUUCCCCCGACUGACACCUUCACCAUGGCUUACGCAGAGCGCCAGCUAUCACGCCGCCGCGAAGGCGAAGACGCCCUCGCGAAUGGUUCUCUCCGACACCGUCUCGCAGCCCCGAGAGGGGGCGACUCCGACACUUCGACCGACUCGAGAAAGGCCCUGAAGAUGCAGCGGGCUUUAGCUGGUGUAUCAUAUGGAAAGAGAAAUCAUUUGAAGGACAAGAUGCAGGAAUACGAGUCGUUUGACCAGUUCGACCUUAUCCCCUCCAUCAAGACCGCUAUCAACGAGGAUCUCUUGAGAGGGAUGGUUGACAUAAAGCCGACGGCCGUGCAAAGGCUCGCUAUUCCGGCCAUGCUUGGCCAGUCUAGUGCCUUCAAGGUCAGAGGCGUAAAGAGGCAAGACUUCCUGCUCGCCGCUGAGACGGGUUCCGGCAAGACGCUCGCAUACCUUUUACCAGCUGUCAACGCCAUGAAGAUCGCCGAAGAGCAGGACCCGGAAUUCCAAGCGUACAAGCAGAGGUUCGAGGAGGAGAAGGCCAGGGAAAAGGCGUCCAAAUCCAAGAAGAUGUCUACGUUCGACGAGCCUCACCCAACCAUGGCGAGACCCCGUGUCGUCAUCCUGGUGCCCUCGGCUGAGCUUGUCGACCAGGUUGGCCGCGUCGCCAGGACCCUGUCGCACGCGGUCAAAUUCAAGUCGGAGAAGCUGUCGUCAACUCUGAAUGCCCUGCAGAUUCAGCGCAACCUCUACUCGCCUCGCGGAGUUGAUGUUGUCAUCGCGACGCCUCAUCUGCUUGCUUCGAUCGCAGAAUCAGACCCUAACAUCCUCUCCCGGGUCACCCACCUGGUUGUUGACGAGGCGGACUCUUUGUUUGACCGAAGUUUUGCCCCUGUCACCACAACCAUCAUCGAGAGGGCCAUGCCAUCACUGAAGCAAUUUGUUCUCUGCUCUGCAACCAUUCCCAAGAGACUCGACAACUACCUUGCAAACAACUUCCCUGCAAUGACCCGGAUUACGACGCCAAACCUGCAUGCCAUUCCUCGUCGUGUACAGCUCGGUGUCAUCGACGUUGUCAAGGACCCCUACCGCAACAACAAGAACCUCGCAUGCGCUGACGCCAUCUACACUAUCGGCCGCGAGGCGUCCAAGCACGAAGGCCCUGUUGACGGAGAGAUCGAUGUUCGCCGUAUUAUGGUUUUCGUCAACGAGCGCGAAAAGACAGCGGAGGUUGCCGAGUACUUGCGCUCCAAGGGAAUCGAUGCUGUUGCAUUGAACAGAGACACGGAGGAUAUGCGUCAGUCUGAUAUGCUUGCCACGUUCACCUCAUCAGAGCCCUUGCGGUCUGUCGCAGCACCGACUCUGGGCCAGGGCAAGAGAUCCCUUCCCAACACGAAGGUCAUUGUCGCCACCGAUUUGGCAUCUAGAGGUAUUGACACGCUGGCUGUUCGCCACGUCAUCCUCUACGAUGUUCCGCACACAACAAUCGAUUUCAUCCACCGCCUGGGACGUGCUGGCCGCAUGGGACGUCGUGGCAGAGGUAUUGUGCUCGUUGGAAAGGAUGACAAGAGGGAUGUGGUCAAGGAGGUUAAGGAGAGUAUGUUCAUGGGACAAGCUCUCAUCUAA